GGAACAUAAACAAACCCGUUCCUGUGCGGGAUAACUAUGGCUGCCACGGGAGCCGGGUCUCCUGGCCGGUUGGUCCAGUAUGUCGUAGUCCGGUCGGACCUGGUUCACAAGCUGUCCUGGCCUCUGGGAGCCGUUAUAACUCAGGCCUGUCACGCUGCUACCGCCGCCAUCCACCUUCACUACGGAGACCCGGACACACAGCGGUACCUGGCGGAGCUGGACUCCAUGCACAAGGUGGUGCUUGGGGCUCCAGACGAGGCCGCCCUCUCCGGCCUGUCAGAGACUCUGACGCAGGCUGGUGUGGCCCACAAACUCUGGAUCGAGCAACCAGAGAACAUCCCCACCUGCCUGGCUCUGAAGCCGUGUCUAAAAGAGACUGUCCAGCCGCUGCUGCGCAAGUUCAAACUCUUCAAAUGACUCCCUGAAAGACGCUGUCCGUCUAUAAACUACAGACGAAUACUGUAAUUUCAUCUGUAAAAGGACAUCUGACAGUUGGGCUCUUCCUGUUGGGGGGCCGCAGUAUCUGUCAGUGCUGAUUUCUAAGAUUAAAGAUGGGAUAUAUGUUAUCUUCUGAAUGAAAUUGUUGCUAAUUAAGAAGUGAGAGUCAUUAAGCCACAGCAUGUUAACACAACCAAUCAGGUGAGUUGUAAAAAGUUAAAUAAAGUUUAUAAUGGUUUGAAUUCUAGCCACAAAAAACUACUUUAAAAGGCCUUUAAAAAAAACUGUCUUUCAUUAUUCAUGUUUAAUUUCUUGGUUGGAAAAUGACACAGAAGUCCCAAAUUUGAAGUAUUAAAUUAAUAAUAUGUGUGGAUUUUGACUGUGAUUGUCUUUACUACUCAGGUGAGCCUACGUUUGGCUCAUGAACUCUAAAAUACAGUCAGUACUAGUUCAACCUGUGAAAUGGCGUCUCAAGUUCAAGAAUCUGUAUAUAAACAUUCAUCCAUUCAACCUUUAUUUAAAUCUGGAGGAACCAUUAAAGACACGCCUUCAUUAUCAGUGAUGGCAAGUGUGCAAUUAGAAUAAAUACGCACAAGAAAUAAUUAAAAACUUUGAUGUUAAAGGUUAAAGUAGUUUACAAUCAUGGUUUUAAAUGGAUACGUGCUUGUUGUGCAACAGGAGAACAGACGUAAUACUGUGUGGAGCCUUUAUUUGCAUGUAACCUGAUUAAAUGUUUGUGUUUGGAAA